GUCCUUAAACUCAGCUAAUCGCAGCGCAGAAGGCGGAACUUCAUUUCAUUCCGGAAGAGAACGAGAGACGCACGUGUUCGAAAACAGCGGAACGGCAUUUGUUGUGAUUGUUUUGUUUAUGAAGUUUAAGUGUGAAAUAUAGAAUCAAAUGGAAAAGGUGGUGUUGUCUAGACUUCCUCCUGAUGAAAGCAAACUGCUGGGAGUUCAGUCUGAGCAUGGAUCUGCUGCUGAGAAGUUCACCAUGGCCUUCCUGAAGAGCAGCACACCUCGCCUGAGCACUGAGAAAGCAGAAGAAGCGCUGCAGCAUAAAGCGCUGAUGCUGCAGUAUGCUCGGGAGAGGAAGAGAAGAGGGAAAAAAACAAAGGCUAAAGGACUGAAUGCUAAAGACAUCAGAACCAUGAGAGUGUUUGAGCUGAAACCCGAGCAUCAAAAGUACGAUCUCUUCCUGCCACUGCAUGAGCUGUGGAAGCAGUACAUCACUGAGCUGUGUAAUGGCCUCAGACCAGACAGUAAUCUACAGGUGAUGCAGCAGAAACUUCUAAAGGCAGAUUUUCAUGGUGCUAUUAUAACAGUUGUUCGCUCUAAAUGCCCCUCAUAUGUGGGCUCCACAGGGAUCCUGGUGCAGGAGCUGAAACAUAUAUUUAAGAUCAUCACACAGGAGAACCGACUGAAAAUCAUUCCUAAGAAGAACAGCGUGUUCAGUGUGGAGAUGGGAGACUUUGUCACGUACAUUUACGGCAGUAAGUUUGAGCUUCGCUCCAGUGAGAGGUCGGCCAAAAAAUUCAAGACCAAAGGCACCAUCGACCUGUGAAGAACCUCCCAAUGACUACAGAGUGGGCUUGACCCUCACAUGCCCUCAGGAGAUUUAACAACAGUUUAUUUUUGGUGCAAAGCGUGUGAGAGCAUGCAGUUAUUUAUUUUUAAUUUAAUUAAGUUGUUCUUUAAAAUGAAGGCUCUGUUCCAGUGAUAUAUUUUCCUCACUCUUAACUCCUUCAGUAGUGUGUAUCCACACACUAUUUACUACAUCUGUCUGGUAGUAAAUUAAAUCUUUUUCACACAA